AAGUAAAAUAAAAUAUUUGCCAUUACUUGUGACCUCGUAAACAACAAAACGAACAUAACAGAAUAAGCCUUGAAAAAGAUGGAGUCGCGAUUCCCGGGAAAGUCACGAAACAAACAACUUUGUCUUAAAUCAUUACAAGGCAUUUCUUCCCUCAUAAUGCUACUCUCACUCUCUUUAUUCUUCAUUUCUUCUGUGUUCACCGCUGCUUUCAUACUUUGGAACUUGUCAUCUGACUCGCCGCCAAUCCAUGGCCGAUUCGGCCCGCCGGAAGCCCUCUUCCCAGACGCGGAAAUUCUCCUGUUGCUGCUCUUCAUCUGGUCAUCCUCAUAGCCCGGAGAAUACUAUAAUCAUAGCUAAAAAAAUUCAUAAAAAGCAUGAUUUUUUCUCUAAACCCACUUCAAACUCGGUUCCCAACUCUCCGGUUAACUCCAAAUCCGGGUUAAACUUCGUGGGUAAGAUAGAUCCUCGUCGGAUCCUCUCCCCGGGCCGUGUUUCCCCUCUCGACUCCGACCCAACCGCGGUCGCUUCCAUUCAUGAACCUUCUCGAGUCGUCGAUUCAGCUUUGAAAUUGAGAUCCGAGCCUUUCCCGGGCAAGGAUGAGAGCUCUUUAUCACAUCCGGGUUCGGGUUCGGAGCAAUGUGGGGACAUGUUUGACGUGAGGCUGAAUCUGAGGGGGAAGAAUGGAGGGGCUUUGGUACUGGAAACCAGCUCGGAGGUUCUGCUUGCGAAUUCGGAAGUUUUCGCGGGGCUGAUUUCGGAAUAUCGAAAAGGGUUGAGGUCGACGGGUGAUAGUAAUGUCAGUAAUGCUUCGUCAAAGAUGUGCAGAAUAGAGGUGCCUGAUGUAGAUAAUUUGGGGGUUUUUAGGGACACGAUUGAGCUAAUGUUCGAGGACAAUAUCACUAAAAGGCUCUUGAAGAUUGGGGUUUAUAGAGCCAUUGAUAUACUUGAGGUAUCUGCUAGCAUCAUGUUUACCAAAGGGGUUUCGUCCUGUUUGAAAUACCUUGAGGCUGUUCCGUGGACUGAAGAAGAAGAGCAAAAACUCAGGGGUCUGUUUUCAGUGUUUAAGUUUGAGGACACAGAGAGUGGAGAUAUUUUGGCUAGACUCUACUUGCAUAACUCAGUGGAUUGCCAACAAAAUUUAGGUAGACAACUAGUUUGGUCUGUCACCACCUGUACAUACACCAAUGCAAGAAAUGAAUUAAAGUCAUUAGUUAAAAGUCUCUUUUGCAGAAGCUCAAUGCAUGAGAAGUACCAUCCUGAACUUAAUAAGGAGGAUCUCUACAUUGUCUGCCAGUCCUGUCUAAGUUCUCUAGUCAACCUUUUAGAGGAGGCCACUAACACUUCACCCAAUCGGAAGGCAACAAAAAGAGAAACAGGUAAACCAUUGAUUGAACGCAUCUCCCAACAAGUUGGUAACAUCAACUGGUUGCUAGAAAUCCUUCUUGAUCAGCAGAUGGGCGAGAAAUUUGUGGAUAUGUGGGCAGAUCAAGGGGAACUGCUUAAACUGCAUGAGGAUACAUCUCCAAUGAUCAGAUAUGAGCUUAGCCGGAUUUCUGCAACACUAAUAAUUGCAAUGGGUACCAGAAAACUGCAUUGCCAUUCAGAUGCAAGAACAGGGUUUCUCCAGGCAUGGUUUCAUCCAAUGUUAUCAGAUUUUGGUUGGUUGCGGAGAUGUAAAAAGGAGUUGGACAUGAAGGCACUGGAAGAAGCCAUGGGUCAGACACUCUUAACACUUCCCCGGAAGCAACAGCAUACGUUAUUUAUGGAAUGGUUCAGGUGUUUCUCCAAGCGUGGUACUGAAUGCCCCAAUCUCAGCAAAGCUUUCCAGAUAUGGUGGCGCCGAUCAUUCCUAAGAGGCUCUGAAAAUAAUGCUGUUGAAUUCAGCACGUCUCGUUUAACCAAUGUUUCUGACAAGGGACGAGUUAUUACCUCCCUGAAGCAAGAACAGGGCUUAUCCAGGCAUGGUUUCAUCCAACGCUGUCAGAUAUUCGUCGGCCGCGGAGGGGUUGGUCAUGAAGGCAUUAGAAGGAGCAACAAUAUAGGUUGUUUAUGGGAUGCCCCAAUCUCUGAAGAGCAUUCCUAAGAGGCUCAGAAACUUGCGACAUUGAAUCCAGGUGGG